AUGAGUGGGGGUAGAUCUGGUAAAUCUUUGACAAAAUACAAAAUUGUGUUUUUGGGAGAACAAGGUGUUGGGAAGACCUCGCUGAUUACCAGAUUCAUGUACGAUACUUUUGAUGAUCAUUAUCAGGCGACCAUUGGAAUAGACUUUCUAUCAAAAACGAUGUAUCUGGACGAUAAGACUAUUAGGUUACAACUGUGGGAUACCGCUGGCCAGGAAAGAUUCCGGUCGCUGAUACCUUCGUACAUAAGGGACUCGAGAGUAGCGAUUGUUGUGUAUGACAUAACCAAGAAGAGAUCAUUUGAGUUCAUUGACAAGUGGAUAGAGGAUGUAAAGAAUGAGAGAGGGGAGGAAAAUGUGAUACUCUGCAUUGUGGGAAACAAGAGUGACCUGUCGGACGAGAGACAGGUGUCUACGGAGGAAGGUGAGACAAAGGCUAAGCUGCUAGGUGCCAAAAUAUUCAUGGAGACGUCGACCAAGGCUGGCUACAACGUCAAGAACUUGUUCAAGAAAGUCGCCAAGUCGCUGCCCGAGUUUCAGGAUAGUCAUUCAGGAGGCUCUGAGCUUGAUGGAUCGAAUGAGGCGGGCAAAUCUGAAGCAAACAAACCGGGGAUAAUUGACAUCACGACAGCGGACCAACAGGCGCAGGAAGGUGGCUGUCAAUGUUGA